CUGAACACAUGUGGCCUUUAAUGAGAAACGUGUGCGUCGUGACUGCUGUACAUGUAAUGUGUGGAUGUGAAACUUCGUUCUCAAUAAAUUGUUAACGAAACAGAGCACAAAAAGGUUUCGUAAGUUGCCUCAUCGAGCCACUGUUUGUUACGACAAUGACGAAAAAGGGAGUGAGGAAGUCGCAGUCUCAAGACGAGCUGGCCAAGGAGCUCUUCACUGAAAGCAAAACAAAUAAUGAGGCAACCCCACAAAAGAUAAGCACAAAGAAGACUCCGAAGUCUGCCAAGAAGCGGAAGUUUGACCAAAAGAGUGACACCGAAAAUAUGGGUGAACUAACCAGUGGUUUGAAUCAAGAAGUGACUGUCCCAACGGCAGAAACGACCAUGGAAACGCCCAAGUCAAUGAAGAAAACUCCAAAGACAAAAACUCCGAAGACAAAAACUCCGAAGACAAAAACUCCGAAGACAAAGACGCCUUCAAAAGAAGCUGGGGAAAAAACCAAAGACGAUGACGAGGUGACAUUCAACUUUGAGGCAAGGAGUGCCAAGAAAUCAUUGAAUUCUGAUUCGUCUUCAGAGAAGGUACGGAAAGCUGCAGGAAGCGAAGAUGGCAAGGACAGCGAGGAGAUGAGUCAACCUAGUGAUGUUGUCAUGGAAACAACAACACCUGCUCCAGAGACGGAGGACGUUCCUAUGGAAACUAAAGAGGCGGUUGCCAAGGUACCUCUUUCUGAGAGGAACCUGGUGAAGAGGCCAACUUCAAUCAAGGCACGAUCCAAGAAGAGAAAGUUAUCGAAACAGAAAAAGGGUGUGUCUGCCCUGGAAAACGACGAAGAUGAUACAAAUGGCAUUGUCUUCUACUGUGGGAAUCUGCCACCCGGCAACACCAAAGAGACCCUGACAAUGUUCUUGGAGGAGGAAGGUAUCCAUCCGAAGAUUAGUCUGAGCACUGUGAAGAAAUGGGACACCAAGGACUCCAUGGCGAAGCUGACCCCGAAGCAGCGUGGCCACAAGAAAAACAUGAUGAGGGCAGCCAAAGCUCACUUUGCAACGAUCAUCGUCAAGACUGAAGAUGAGGCCAAGAAGCUUCUAGAUCUGCAAGGCAUCUCGAUGCCUGCCCCAAUUCGGAACGACUGGAGCACCAACCUCAAGAUAAUCAGACGCCUUCCGCUAAUAAAGAACCUUCCGUACAAAGUCCACAUUGGUGGUCUCCAUAAGGAGGUUGUCGAGGACGAGCUGAAAACCUACUUGGAGUCAAGAGGCGUCAAACCGGGCAAAGUGGUCGUCAUCCGUCGACAUAAAACGAACGAAUCCAAGAGAUAUGGUUUUAUUUGGUUUGAGUCGGUGAAGGAGGCAGACAGAGCUGUGGACCUCCCUGAGCCAACGCUAAGGGAGAAACCUGUCAAGAUUCAUCACAGCUUUAAGAAGAAGUUUAAGAACUUCUAAAGACUGUCGUCUCCUGAUAUAAAUUUCACAUUGACCUGGGCGAUUAGUGCGACAAGUAGAGACUAUUGAAUGCUUAGUGGUGUCGCGAAUAUCGUUUUUUUUUUUUUAACGACGUGGUUAAUUAUUGUGCAGCCACGACUACUACAAAAAUAGUCGCGACUACGGAACCUGUUUGGUGAACCAUUUGUGUCGCUCACGACUAUUCACAACAACAUAAUUUACCUAUGAAACACAAUCGGACAUCAGUGACACAAUCCUCCAGCAUGAAUGUUGCGUUGUCGCAGUGCCCAGUUUCAUGAGCAAACUCAGCGUUUCCUGCAAACUUUCAAAUACCUCCCAUGACCGGUUGUUUUGUUCAAAACAAAUUCAACACUUAAGUUUGAAUAUUUUGUGUAACGUUACUGCAAACAGAACAGUAGCUGUCUGUUUUUGUUUUGCAUUUAUGGCUUUCCAUAUUUGUCUAACCUCGAUCCCCAAAACCUCGGGCUCUGAACUUGCAAACGGAAAGGUCUAUAGGGCAGAGGUUGCCCCACCCUAAAAUGUUUCCCUACUUUAAAGGCACUUGACACCUUUGGUAAUUGUCAAAGACCAGUAUUUUCACUUGGUGUAUCCCAAGUGUUCCC